AUUUACUUUUAUGUUUUAAAACCUUACUUUUCUCCUCGCUCGCCUCGCCGUUCCUCGCCGAAACCUAACUUUUCUCCUCGCUCACCUCGUCGUUCCUCGCCGUUCCGCGGAGUUCCUAGCCUUCGCCUCGGUGUCGCCUCGGUGUUCCUCGACGUUCCUCACCUGCGACGCUGUGCUCCUCGACUCGGUGUUCCUCGGCGUUUGACGAGAGCCACCGACACCGACCCGUCGCCGCGACGCCAUCCCUGCCACCGUCACUCUAUAUUUAUCUUGACAGUGAUGCCCCUUCAUUGCUAGGUAAGCUGACCAAACCCAAAUAGUGGAUAAGUAGAAAUUAUGAUCAUGCAAAUAUGAUUUUAUUGUUCUAGUUUAUGAUUAAUUUGAAUGAUCCAAGAAAUAUCCUUUUUUAAGUGUCUCAUUUUGAACAAUGACUUCUUUACCAGCAAUCAAAUAAGAAAUAAACAACACAGCUUACCAUGAUGACUGCAGAGUGAUCAAUCCCCUGAUCACAGUUACAAACUAUAUGUGAUGAAACUAUACUUGAGUGUCCUUUUAUGAUUAUGAGAACCGAAAGAGUAUUAAAGAAUAAACAGCACACCAUUAUGCUACUAUGGCAUUUAGAUCAAAGGACCAACUUAGUGAAUUCAUUCUCUAUUCUAGCAAGUAUAAAUACUAGUGUCCAUAGUAUAUAAAGCUAAGAAUUGUAUUCAUUGGAGUAUCCUAGAUUUAUUGUUUAUUUGCAAAGAUAUAAUGCAUCCAUUCUACUUCCCAUUGUCCAUGGUUAUCAUUAUAGUGGUAAAACUUUUGCCAUUGUUAGCCUAUUUGAUUUGUUUCUAUGCUGGAUGUAUACAGACACUAGAAUCUUCAUAAUUAUAAUUUUUCUCUCUUCUAUUUGUUUCUUUGAUGUUGAAUGUAAACAUUUCUCAUUGGCGAUGACCACCACAUGAGAACAUUGUGAUGUUAGAUUACUAACUAAUUUUUAACUAUUCUACCAAACGAUAGACUUGUUAUAUUGUACUUAUCAAACCUUCACAAUUUAGCAACAUCCUUUUCCUUAUGUCUAUUUGAUUUAGAAUGUUUUUGUGGCUAUAUGGUGAUAUGCAGAACUUCACUUCAUCUAAAUAUGAAAUUCCUCAGCAAUGGAAGAAAAUGAUCAGUUAUAUAUUCCCCAAGUUGCAAAUGAUCGAAAGUUAAAAUAUGGGAUGGAAUUCUCAUCAAUAGAGGAGGCAUUUCAUUCUAUAACCAAUAUGCACGAGAAUCUGGAUUUAGUGCGAGGAUAAAUAAUAGCAAGAAAAAUAAGAUGACAAAUGAAGUUGUGUGGAAAAUAUUUGUAUGCUUUAAAGAAGGGCAUACAAAUUAUCAACGAAAUAAACAGGCAAACGGUGAUCAACGGACGAGGGAAAGAGCACGUGGCGAAGUUAGAACUGGUUGUAAGUCAAAGAUUUCACUUGUCAAGAAAUAAACUGGACCUAAUUGGGUUGUCACUAACUUCAUGGAAGGCCAUAAUCAUCCACUUUCGACUCCUUCAAAGGUGCAUUUACUACGCUCACAUCGUAAUGUUUCGACAGCAAAGAAAGCAUUGACUCAACAGUUUUCAGAGGUCAAUGUGUCAACUUGCCAACAAAUGCGAUUAUUAGAGAUAGAGUAUGGAGGGUCUGAGCUGGUAGGUUGUACAGAAAGAGAUAUUAGAAACUUUGAGAAACAGUUAAGGGAUGAACAAAAGGGUAUCGAUGCUGAAACACUAAUCGAGUUAUUUGCAUCUGAGAAAGAGAAGAAUUCAGCUUUUUUCUUUGAUUACGAGACUGAUUCAGAUAAUAGAUUUAGUAGGUGUUUUUGGGCGGAUCAUGUAUCAAGGACGGCAUACAAUGUAUUUGGUGAUGUAGUUGUAUUUGAUACAACAUAUAACACCAACAAAUAUGGAUUAAUUUUUGCACCGUUUGUAGGAGUUAAUCAUCAUCAUCAAACAAUUGUUUUUGGUUGCGGCUUUAUAAGUGAUGAGAAAACUGAGUCUUUUGUUUGGCUGUUUAACAAGUUCAUAGAAGUUAUGCCUAAAGGUGCACCAAAUGUGAUCAUCACUGAUCAGGAUCCUGCUAUGACGAAAGCAAUUGCCCAAGUUUUCCCUCAGACAGUACAUCGAUAUUGUUUGUGGCACAUACUAAAUAAAUUUCCAAAUAAAUUAGACCCUUUGACUUUUCGUGACUACUACCAAAGCAUAAAAAAUGUCAUUGGAAAUUCUACCACACCUGAUGAAUUUGAGAAUUUAUGGGAAGAAGUUAUCAAGUGUGCUAACUUGGAGAAAAAUGAUUGGUUGUCUUCGAUGUAUGAAUUGCGACACAAGUGGGUGCCAGCAUAUUUUAGUCAUAUAUUUUGUGCUGGAAUGUCAAGUAGUCAAAGAUCUGAAGUUUCACAUGCAUUUUUCAAGAGGUAUGUUUCAAAUAAGAAUUCAUUGAUGGAUUUUAUCAUCCGUUUCAAUAGGGCACUGAGACACCAAAGACACAAUGAGUUAGUUGCUGACCAUAUUGAUAUGAAUGAGCUUCCCAGGAUUAAGACAAACUGGCCAAUGGAAUCUCAAAUGGUUAAGUUAUACACGAAAAAGAAAUGGAUGGAGUUUCAAAGUGAAAUAAGUGAAAUUCAUGGUUACUAUGUGCAACAAGCAUCUAUGGGAGUUGACUCAGUAGUUUAUCAUGUGAUGAAAUUUCAAAGAAGUUCUUCCUCCAAACCAAGGGUGCUUACGCAUGACAAACAGAAGGACAAUAUAUUCUGUAGCUGUAGGAAAUUUGAGUUCGAUGGCAUUCCAUGCAGGCAUAUGUUAGCCUUUUUUCGUAUCAAUCAAGUGUUUCAUUUGCCAGAUAAGUAUAUACUCAAACGAUGGACACGAGAUGCAAAGGUUGGAGCAAUACAUGCUUUGGAUAAGUAAAAUUACAUCGAUGAUCCAGAAAGGGUUUUGAUGUCAAGACACUCAAGGUUAUCCAUUAAAGCUUCAAUAUUAAUUGAUGAUGCAUCUUUGACUGAUGAGGGGACAAAUUUCUUGGAUGAACAAUUCGAUUAUAUCUACAGCAAAAUUAAAGAGAUGAAUACUAGUAAAACAUGUGACAAUGAGGGUCAAAGGAAGAAAUCCAUGGAUAGGUCUCAUAAUAUUAUUGAUCCUUCUUUAGUAAGAACAAAGGGAUGUGGGAAGAGACUAAAAUCAUCAAAGGAGAAGUCAACUUCAAAGUCCCGGUUAUAUCGUGGAUGUGGGCAUCGUGGUGUGUCACAUGACAAGCGCAAUUGUCCAAUUUUACAGCAAGGAUCAACUAUAGAUACUCAUCAUAACAACGAUGACGAUACAUAUGAAGAAUAAUUGGCAUCUAUAGCUGGUUCAAAUAAUAUGCGCUAGGAUAAAACUUUUGUAGAUCCAAUAACAAGUAUGAGACCGACGAUGAUAACUUACGGAAGUUUGCAAAGCAAUUCUAAAGACGAUCACCUGAAGCUGCAGCACCUAAAGGUGGCAAAGAUGACGAUAUCCCAGAUCCAGUGCUUGGAGAGACAUUUGAGCAGACUGCUUAAUCUUGGCGAUGAAUUUUUUUAUAUAUAUUUCAUAUCAAUUUUGGAAGAUUUAAUUAAAUGUUGGUGCUGAUGGACAAUAUUUUUUUAUUUGUUGGUGUUAAUCUUUAUCACUUUGAAUUUUAUUUGUAAAUUGUAAAUUCAUUUAUUCUCAUAUGCAUAAGACAAUUACAGCACAUGAGUACUGUAUUUAUAUCUGAUGAAUUUUUUUAUAUAUAUUUCAUAUCAAU